AUGUUGCCCUUUGAUUCAUUCGACGCGUUUUUGUUGGCGGCUAGCAGAGCUUGUUGUAGUCCCCUCGCGAUUUUUAUUCAGAUCCAGGGAUUUUUCAUUUGCUUAGCUCUUGCCCUUGGAUGGGCUUUGGCUGCUUAUGUCAGGCAUAGAGAGAUAAGGCAGAUGAAGGAUAGUAUGAAACGUGGCAAUACCUUUGCUUUUCUAUAUCAUGAUAUAAAUGCCCUUGAGCAUUCUAAUCAGGUCAAUUUGCCAAGAGUUACAGUUGUCAUGCCCUUAAAGGGAUUUGGAGAACACAAUCUGCAUAACUGGAGAACUCAGGUGAAUUAUUCUUAG